CAGAAGCUAUUAAAUGUAGUAUCUCCAACAACCUCAUCUAGCAACUGUCAGUUCCCCGCCCCACCCAUACUUCACACUCCACUACGACCAUAUACGCAGAGCAAAAGCGAAAAGAAGAGAGAAACAGAAGAAAAUAAUAAUGGCGUCUCUGUUCGCUGUCCAGCCUCCAACUCCCUCUUCAAUCCUCAAAACCCCAGGAACAAACAACUUCUUGAAAACAAACCCAACUCUUCAUCAUUUCAAGAAAAGAUCGUUCUCUUUGAAUUCAGUCCUAUCAACAGAAACUGACCCAAAUAUCCCACAAACAGUUCAGAGGUUCUGGCAAUGGCUGAAAGAUGAAGGGGUGGUCUCAUCCAAGACCCCGGUGAAGCCUGGGAUUGUGACCGAAGGCCUCGGACUGGUAGCCACGAGGAAUAUUGGUAGAAACGAGGUUGUAUUGGAGGUGCCCAAGAGGUUCUGGAUUAAUCAGGAUGCAGCUGCAGCCUCAGAGAUUGGCAGCAUUUGCUCUGGAUUGAAGCCCUUCAUUGCUGUUGCUUUGUUUUUGCUGAGCGAGAAGUUUAAGGGGGAAGAGUCUAAGUGGAAAUAUUAUAUUGAUGUUCUUCCUGAGAGUACUAAUUCUACUAUAUAUUGGUCAGAAGAGGAGCUUCUUGAGAUUCAGGGAACUCAACUGUUGAGCACUACAUUGGGUGUGAAAGAGUUUGUCCAGAAUGAGUUUCUUAAAGUAGAAGAAGAAGUCAUACUCCCAAACAAGCAGCUUUUUCCUUUUCCUUUAACAUUGGAUGAUUUCUUUUGGGCAUUUGGAAUACUCAGAUCAAGGGCAUUUUCCCGUCUUCGUAAUCAAAAUCUUGUUGUUAUCCCCUUCGCCGACUUGAUCAACCACAGUGCUAAAGUUACCACUGAGGAUCAUGCUCAUGAAGUUAGAGGACCAGCAGGUCUAUUCUCAUGGGAUUAUCUGUUUCAAUUAAGGAGCCCAUUAUCUCUUAAGGCUGGUGAGCAGGUUUUCAUCCAAUAUGAUAUAAAGAAAAGUAACGCGGAUAUGGCUCUAGACUAUGGGUUCAUCGAAUCAAAUUCAGAUCGUGAUGCAUUCACAUUAACACUGGAAAUAUCAGAGUCGGAUGAAUUUUUCGCUGACAAGUUGGAUAUAGCUGAGUCAAAUGGUUUAGAAGAAACUGCUUACUUUGAUAUCAAGUAUGGCCAACCUCUUCCGACGGCUAUGCUUCCCUAUCUGCGGCUCGUAGCACUUGGAGGAUCUGAUGCUUUCCUCCUGGAGUCAAUUUUCAGAAACUCAAUUUGGGGCUUCCUUGAACUGCCUAUUAGCCGUGCCAAUGAGGAACUCAUAUGUAAAGUAGUCCGCAGUGCAUGCAAAUCUGCACUAUCUGGCUAUCCCACCACCAUUGAAGAGGAUGAAAAGCUGAAGGAGGAAGGAAAUCUCAGUCCAAGGCUUGAAAUAGCAGUUGGGAUAAGAAUCGGAGAGAAGAAGGUAUUGCAGCAAAUUGAUGAUAUCUUCAGGGAGAGGGAGUCAGAAUUAGACUUACUCGAAUAUUACCAAGAAAGAAGGCUGAAAGAUCUUGGUCUAGUUGGGGAGCAAGGUGAAAUAAUCUUCUGGGAGCCUAAAUAGAAUUCUGCUAAGUGCUGAGCUUCCUCAUGGAUCUGAAUUCCUAUGGUUCUUGAAAUGGCGUGUGAUAUAUUCCUCUACCACGAUUGGUUAAGGAUUUUUCAAGUGAUGAAAAAGAUAAACUUCCACCACACCCUCCGAGAACAUCCAAAGGGAUGGGUAUUUGUCACGUUCCAGACUGGCAAAAUUUCUGUCAGUUCGACUUUUGCACUACUCCGUCUGGGCAACAACUUUUGGUUCAUUAAGCUUCCUUCUUGUUUGGAAAUUGUGGUUCUAGUAGGGAUUUCAGACUAAUAUUUGCUUCAUAUGGUAAUGCAUCCAACUUAGUAAAGGAAAUGCAGUUCAAAUCUUUCAUUCACUGCAUGUUGCUGCUCUAGUCCCUGAUUUUGAUUUGAUAUUCGGGGACGAAGUUCAUUAACUGCUUCAGUUUUUAUUACCUGACUGAUGCCUUAACUUUGAAUUUAGGAUGUGUUUAUAAUGAGUAAAUGGAUAUGUCUUGUUGAGGAA